CUUUCUUUGUGCGAUGGGUCUGUUAGGCUGCAGAUUUCUGCACAUCUUCCCUGGAGCUGGAAAUCUCCCUCCUCUCAGAUAGAUGUACAGAUGGAUGGAUAGAAUGGGUGUGUCUUUUUCCUCCGCCGCCCUCACUCGUCCUUCUGCGCCUUCAGCCGCCUCCAUCCGGCGGGAAGAACGCGCAGGAUUCCGGGGCUGAAUUUCAAACUUUGAUUGUCUGUGGGGGAAAAAGCUCAAUGGGAAGAAGGUCGGAUUUUCUGCAUGAAUGAUGGGAAUGUGGUCGGGAAUGUGACGCCUCGGCGCUUGGAGCAGGAUUCUCCCGGUCUGUGACGGCGCGCAGCGGGUCUGCGAGCCUCCACCAAGCCGAGACUAGAUUUCUGUCGGCGCCGCCAAAGUUGGGCUUCUGCUGCAGCGGGCUUCAUCUGCCUCAGUGGCGCAUUUUAUUGCAAUCUAAACCACGUUGCGGAUUAACGGUAUCAGUGUGUGAGUAGUUAAAUCCGUGGCGCACAGAACCGGAGCGAGCUGGACACCGCCCGAACCGGUUCUGCUGCCAUUCCGGAGGUGGAUUUCAACGUUUUCCGUCCCUGAGGAGCAGAGGGACGCAGUCAGCCCCGGUUCUGCGCCCGCCUUAACCAGGAGGUUUGGAAUCUGCGCUGGGCUUCCUGUCAGGAGGAGUAGCUGCGGUUCUGCGGGGAGCAGAGCUUUAGGAUACCUGGCUAAAAGAAGCGGUUCUGGCUCAAGGACACCCUCUCUGCUGCCAGCUCCUUAUUGACGUCUGUUUGGCUUUAGGCUCGGAUUUCUGCGGCACUUGACAUGAACCUUUUCGGGAUUAGAGUUGUUUAGCCCCCGGGCUCUACUUUUUUUUUUUUUUUUUUUUUGCCUCAUCUGGCUGUGGAUUUGUCCCUGGGGACUCUUACCGAGGAGGCGGCGUUCACAGGGAUGGAGCGGGCUCUAGCGAAGUGGCGCUAAUUGGGAAGAACAGGACGCUCAUCGGAAUUCCCCAACCUUUCCACGCAUUCCUUACUCCGUGCAUUUCUGGGGAGAGGAAUGCCUUUCUUUGCGUUGCAUGGUCAGAACACCUACAGCCGAUAGCCGGGUUCCCUUUUAUUCGUCCACGUCUGUUCCAGCUUUUUGUGAAACGCACACAGAUAUCCUCUCUCUGGUUGGGGAGAGGGGACCGGCAGCUGGGAGAAGCUGCUGAGCGUUAAAACCUCGCGGGGCUCCUCGCUGUGAUUUAACACCCAUUAGUUCAAGAAGAAGAAAAAGGAGAAGAAGAGGAAGAAGAAGAAGAAGAAGAAGAAGAGGGGAGGCUAGAAGAGGAGAGGAGCUGAAGAUCAACAACGCAACAGGAAGACUGAGGACAACAGCCACCUACGCAGGCUGAGCUGCCUGCUCAGAUGUUCUGCUCACACCGACUCUCUUGAUCUUCGUCACCCCUCCUCUGCCUACUUGGCUCCGUUGGAUGGGAUCUGCAGUCGCCUCCCUCUGCUUUACCUUCGCUCCGUCUCUGCAGGUGAACAAAGGUGUCAGGAGGAUUGAUCUCGCUGCCAGAUGACAACCAGGUGAGAAGGUGUCCUUGUUAGCUCAGCGUCCCGUGGUCCUGCAGCGGGGAUGUGACUGCAAUCUCAACGCAUGCUGAGCGCACCGACUCCUGCUGCUGACGCCCUGCCUCCCACAGAAGCUCGGGAACCAGACAGACCGUUGGACAGCUGACGGUUCGCAUGGAGGAGCUUCUGCUGCACCCCCGGUCUAAGCCAGAGAGAAGCGCAUGCUGAGCUGGGAGGAGACUGAGAGGUUGAAUCCGGUCACAGCCGCUCCUGAUCGGUUCUUCUUGAGGCAGAGACACUGAACCCUCCUUCAGGCAGACGGACAGCCAUGGACGGCCUCUCCUCGCUGCUCGGCGCUCUACUCGUCCUCCUGUCCUGCAUCCCUUCCUGCUUCCCUGACAUGCUCUGUCCCAAGCGCUGCACCUGCCAGAACCUGCUGCCCUCCUACACGGUGCUCUGCGCCAAGACCGGCCUGCUCUUCGUGCCGCCGAACAUCGACCGGCAGACGGCCGAGCUCAGGCUGAUGGACAACUUCAUCACCACGCUGAGGCACCGGGACUUUGCCAACAUGACCAGCCUGAUCCACCUGACCCUGAGCCGGAACACCAUCAGCCAGAUCCGGCCGUACACCUUCGCCGACCUGCAGGACCUCCACGCCCUCCACCUGGACGCCAACCGCCUCACCGUCCUGGAUGACUCGCACUUCCAGGGCCUGGUGAACCUGAGGCACCUGAUCCUGGCCAACAACCAGCUGACCAGCAUAUCAGAGGGAGCGUUCCAGGACUUCCUGGAGACUCUGGAGGACCUGGAUCUGAGCUACAACAACCUGGUGGACAUCCCCUGGGAGACCAUCGCCCUGCUGGUGAGCGUCAACACCCUGAGUCUGGACCACAACCUGAUCGAGAGCGUUCCUGAGGGAAUCUUCUCCAACCUGCACAAACUGGCCAGGCUGGACAUGACGUCCAACAAGCUGAAGAAGAUCCCUCCAGACCCGCUGUUCCUGCGCAUCCCGGUGUACGCCAAGAUGAAGGGUUCUCCCCUCACAGCGCUGGUGCUGAGCUUCGGGGGGAACCCCCUGCACUGCAACUGUGAGCUGGUGUGGCUGCGACGGCUGACCAGAGAGGACGACCUGGAGACCUGCGCCUCGCCCAAAGACCUGGCCGGAAAAUACUUCUGGACCAUACGGGAGGAGGAGUUCGUCUGCGAGCCGCCCAUGAUAACCCGCCACACCUCCAAGAUGUUUGUGAUGGAGGGCCAGGAGGUCAGCCUCCGCUGUAAGUCCAUCGGGGAUCCCGAGCCGUCCACACACUGGGUCAGCCCCGAUGGAAAGCUGAUUGGAAACACGUCCAGAACCAUCUGCUAUGAGAACGGCUCGCUGGACAUCCUGAAGGCCUCCGUCAAGGAUUCUGGAAAGUUUACGUGCAUCGCAUCCAACGCCGCUGGAGAGGCCACUGCUCCUGUUGAACUGGUCGUCAACCCUUCUCCACACUUUGACCCCAAACUGGACCCGGACCCCGGGCCCUCAGACAUCCCCACGUCCAUCAAGUCCAACGUCAGCCAGCCCAGGUCCGACCAGCAGAGGGUCAGCGUGUCGGAUCUGAGCUCCAGCUCCGCGGUCAUCCGCUGGCCGCCUCAGAACCACAUCCCCGGGGUCCGCAUGUACCAGAUCCAGUACAACAGCUCCACAGACGACAUCCUGAUCUACAGGAUGAUCCCAGCCAAUCACAAGUACUUCCUGCUCAGCGACCUGGCGUCGUCUCGGGACUACGACCUGUGCGUUCUGGCCGUCUACGAUGACGGCAUCACCACGCUGACGGGCACCAAGCUGGUGGGCUGCGUGUCCUUCACCACGGACUCGGAGUACGGACGCUGCCACUCCAUACGAGACCAGUUCCUGGGCGGCACCAUGAUCAUCAUCAUCGGUGGGAUCAUCGUGGCCUCGGUGCUCGUCUUCAUCUUCAUCCUCCUGAUGAAGUACAAGCUCCACAGCAACCACUACAAGCAGAAAGCUGCUGCUCGCCACGCCAACGUCUGCUCCCAGACCAACGGAGGCGGAGGAGGGGGCGGGGCCAGCAUCCUGGCUCCGCCUCCGUCCUCCUCAGCGGGCCACGGCCCGAAUAAAAACUGCCAGCCGUCAUCGUCAGCAGAGGGAGGAGCUGCUCUCAGAGGGACCACCGUGGUGGACUUAAAUCCCACUCAUGACGAUGACGCCAUCUCCCAAUAACACAGAAGAAACUCUAGAACCCCACCAACCUCCAGAACCAACACUCCACCUCCCUCCCUCCCUCCUUCUCUUUCUUUUUUAUCGUUUUUUUACAUUUUUGCUCGUGCCUGGAGUCAAACUCGACUUUCCUCUGAGGAGCAGCUCCGGUUAUGGGUGUUCUGUGGAGUCCAUCAUCCCUUCCAGGUGGACCAUGAAGAAGCAGCGGGCAGAUGAACUGAUCCGGCCUGCUGUCAUGCAGAAAUCAGCGGCGCUGAUGGGACAGACGUGGGACAGGAUCUCAGCCAUGUUCUGUCCUUCAGAUCAGAGGACCUUCUGAUGGAGGCUCUGACCCGGCAGAGCUCUGUGGGACGUCUGCUGGAUCCCGUUUCUGGAUGUGGCAGCUGGAAUCCCUGCAGGCUCUGCUCCUGGAAGGUUUCUGUGGACGUCAGUUCAACCUUUUUCUUCCAGGAUGUUGUCGCCAGGCGGUGGCGCUGCUCUGCUCUCUACAGUCACAUGCCAAAGGAUUACAAUAAUGCAUCAUGACAUUAUUGGGAGAAAUCUCGGACUUCUGAAAGCACACCUCUUACUGUAUUUACAAUGUUUGUGUCGGGCCUUGGGCUGAGAAAAAAGCACACUGUCACCGUCUCGUCUCCAACCAUCGAGAAUGAAUCCCAGCAGGACAUACAGACGAACUUCUCUGGCACUUUAAACAUGUUUUCAUCUCACCUCUCUGCCCUCUCUGUUUUAGCUACAAACUAAAUAUCCUAGAGUAUUUCUGACGCGACUUGUGGACAUGGAUGAUAAUGUUGAAAUAAUUGGUGUUUGCAUCCAUGGUGGAUCGGUUCUCUCGUUGUUGGAGUUUAAAGAAAAAACAGAAACUUUGUGUCCUGAGGACGGCGCCUUGAGGAGCUCCAGCCAAUAAAGCACAGCUGAAACUGGACAUGCCUGAAAUGCUGGUGCUUUUAACGAUGCUCCAGUUGGGGGUCGAUGUAUGAAGUGGUUUUAAAAGAUGGUGGCAGAACUCGCAUUGCCCCCCCCCCCCCCUUUUGCUGUUUGACAGUGUCUGUGUUUGUAUGUGACAUUCACCUAACGUCUUCAAUGGUUUGAUACCCAUAAUUUACUUUGCAUAUAAGAAACAAAUGACCACAACAUGGAGAAAAAACACAGCAACAUGUGAAAUGGAAAUUUUAUGCUUUCAUAGACACAAAUACGUGGAUUUAUAAUAAAAUAAAGGUAUUUUUCUUGUAAAAA